AUUGCUGCGCAGAUCUGCCGGCAGGCUGGCCUGGUGAAGAAGUCCAAGGACGUGGUGGACUACCACGAGGACAACUUUGCCAUCGUCUUCGCUGCCAUGGGGGUGAACAUGGAGACGGCUCGCUUCUUCAAGUCGGACUUUGAGGAGAAUGGCUCCAUGGAGAACGUGUGCCUCUUCCUCAACCCGGCCAAUGACCCCACCUGAGCGAGCCCAUGGCUCUGGAUCGAGCGGAUCAUAACGCCCCGAUUGGCCCUGACCACCGCCGAGUUCCUUGCCUACCAGUGCGAGAAGCAUGUGCUGGUGAUCCUGACCGACAUGAGCUCCUACGCUGAGGCCCUGCGGGAGGUGUCAGCAGCCAGAGAGGAGGUGCCGGGGCGCCGCGGCUUCCCCGGCUACAUGUACACGGACCUGGCCACGAUCUACGAGCGGGCCGGGCGUGUGGAGGGCAGGAACGGCUCCAUCACCCAGAUCCCCCUCCUCCCCCUGCCUAAUGACGACAUCACCCACCCCAUUCCCGACCUGACUGGCUUCAUCACCGAGGGGCAGAUCUAUGUCGACCGGCAGCUCCACAACAGGCAGAUCUAUCCGCCCAUCAAUGUGCUGCCCUCCCUCUCCCGCCUGAUGAAGUCAGCCAUCGGCGAGGGCAUGACCAGGAAGGACCACGGGGAUGUCUCCAACCAGCUGUAUGCCUGCUAUGCAAUUGGGAAGGAUGUGCAGGCGAUGAAGGCAGUGGUGGGCGAAGAAGCGCUCUCGCCUGAUGACCUGCUCUACCUGGAGUUCCUGCAGAAGUUUGAGAAGCAAUUCAUCAGUCAGGGUGAGGCGGGUGGCCGGACCCCCACCUCGGUGCUGGACCUCCGCCCCGGAGCCAGGAGGGGGUUUGGAGACCG